UUCCUUGUUGGCUUUUAUGGACUUACCAGGGAAAACUUACAUCUGUAAUUCUACAAAAUGGUGUAUGGACGUCACUCAAGAAAACUAUUGGGUUGGAGGCUCAUAGAAAUGUUCGUUGUCUUCUUUUAGCUUUUUCCAAUUGGGUGUAAGCUAGAAGUUUUGUUUCAUGCACAGGCACUAGUAUGGUUUUUGUGUCUUGGAAAAAGAGCUCCACAUUAUUGCUUCCUUGUCAACCACCACCUUCAUCUUGGAGCAGUUGGGAUGUUUGUUUGUCUUUGCUGCUUCUUUUCUCUUAGUGCUAUUUUUCCAAUCAUCUCCCAUCUUGUAUUCUCAAUUGACACUCCACCCUCUCUCCUUGUAGUUCCCAGUUGACUCUCAUCUCCAUCCCUAUGAACCCAUCUUCCUUCUUCAUCAUAUACCGUAACAGUGAGGGAGAGUAACUAUUUUAUGCAAUCACUCAAUAGUGAAGAAGAUUCUCUCACCAACAGAUUGGCUUACAUGUUAAGUAUUCUCCAUAGGAAACUGCAACGCAUCUGUGCAAGGUUACGGUGGCUGAUGUGGAGGCGUCCAAAGCCCAAAGUUGUCAUCAGGAGGUUUGGAAAGUUAAUGAAACGCCAGCCUAAAGGGGUGCCCGGCUCCAGUAAAUCUGCUAUUCAUCUCAACAGUCAACUGGGUCGUUCCAUCUCUGGAAAGCCAAUACGAAUUGCCACAUUUAAUGCUGCCAUGUUCUGCCUUGCACCAGCUGUUCCAAAGCCUGAGAAGUCAGUUGUGUUUUGUCAGGAAGAGGAGGAUUAUUUGAGGUUCAAGAGUCAUAUGAAGAUUGAUACUUGGGCAAAAUCUGAAAAUUAUCGUCCAAAGAGUAUACUAAAGCAAUCUCCUUUGCAUUCCACCCCAAAUACUCCUGAUCAUCUCUCCCAGCAGAAGCUCACAAGAUCAAGACUGAAGGUUUCAAUUAAUCUCCCUGACAAUGAGAUAUCAUUAGCAAAUAGCAAAUUGCUUAGUUUUUGGGAAAGUGAAAAAGAGGGGUCGUCAAGUAAUGGUAGAAAUUAUAGGUACAAAGUUCCAAUGAGGUCCCCUGUGUGCUAUCCCUCUAGUAUGAGUGACUAUCCUAUUGGUGAGGGAUUGAGCAGCAGGAGAAGCAUUCUUGAAGUACUUAAAGAGGUUAAUGCUGAUAUCUUGGCUCUGCAAGAUGUCAAGGCUGAGGAAGAAAAAGGCAUGAAACCUCUUUCUGAUCUAGCUGGUGCUCUAGGUAUGAAAUAUGUGUUUGCUGAGAGCUGGGCUCCAGAGUUUGGGAAUGCUAUACUGUCUAAAUGGCCAAUUAAGAGGUGGAAAGCUCAAAAAAUCAUUGAUGGUGAAGAUUUCAGGAAUGUCUUAAAGGCUACCAUUGAUGUGCCAUGGGCAGGGGAAGUAAACUUCCAUUGCACCCAACUUGACCAUCUGGAUGAGAACUGGAGGAUGAAGCAAACAAAUGCAAUAAUCCAAUCAAGUGAUUGCCCCCACAUUUUGGCUGGAGGUCUCAACUCACUUAAUGGAUCAGAUUACUCAAGAGAGAGAUGGAUGGAUAUCAUCAAGUACUAUGAGGAGAUAGGAAAGCCUACACCAAAGGUUGAUGUAAUGGAGUUUCUGAAGGGAAAAGAGUAUGUUGAUGCAAAGAACUUUGCAGGGGAAUGUGAGCCUGUUGUCAUUAUUGCCAAAGGCCAAAAUGUUCAAGGGACAUGCAAGUAUGGGACGCGGGUGGAUUACAUUCUGGCUUCACAGGACUCACCAUACAAGUUUGUUCCCAGGUCAUACUCUGUCAUCUCAUCCAAAGGUACUUCUGAUCAUCACGUAGUUAAGGUCGAUAUUGUAAAAGUUGAUGAGAACGCUGAAGAGAACUUCAUCAGGCGACUCCGGAAACCAAAACAAAAGAUUGUGAAGAUGAGAAACCCUUGUUCCUCAAGAGGCAUAUGGCAUAUAUAAAUACUUGAACAUCUUUUUCUCAAUUUAAUUUUACAUCUAUCUUUUUUAUUGAUUGUUGGUGUAUGUUUGCUUGAAGUCUCAUGGCAAACACACAUUUUUAUACGAAUCACUAUCAUUAUACAUAUUUAUACGGAUCA